AUUAUGCUAAAAAAAUCUAAAGGUUAUAUACUUUUGAUCGGUAUAUUAUACUUUGUGUUCUUUUAUAUUUUUCUUAAUGUAAAAUUAACAAAAUUUCAUUUUGAUCACAAUAAAUCUUAAUUUUAUAUCGAUUUAGUUUAAUACAAACAUAUCGGAAAAAUGGCACACUAUUGUUUGUUUCUGAAAUUCAUAUUCAUAUCGUAUACAUUAUAAUCAUACACAAAUAUUCAUUCUUGAGACUCAUUGUUAAACUUUGCUAACACAAAUUAACAUCACUUGAAUUACACCAACUUUUUCGUAUAGACAGCUUUUCACGUCACAUUUACAAUUAUAUAUAAUUUGCCAUAUUAUCAGCCAGAUCAUGUAACAAGAGCGAUGCCAAAAAACCAAAGUUUCCCACUCUGAUCCAAUAAUUUUCUGAUUUUUAUAACAUAUCUAUUUACAAAGUCACAUUUUAUAAAAUUUUUUCAUUUUAAAACUAAUUUAUUUUAUUAAUCAAUACAAACAACAGGGUUAAAAUAUAUCGUCAAACAAGAAAAAUCUGGUAAGUAAAAGCACAUUUAAUGUCACUUCCAAGAAACUAUCCACUCCGUACGACACGCGAUGUGUCUCUCAGACAUCUGACAAUAGAAACUCUCGACGAACAAUCAUAUCGAUUGAAUAUAUGUCCCUUUCAAAGUAAUUUUAAUGUUAGACCGUUCACCAAACUCUUCCGAAGGUUGGCGCAAGCGCCUUUCCAUUUUCCGGCACGAUGAUUUGCCCAUCCGUGGCAGUGUAUUGUGCGCUUUCAUACAGUGAUCAUGUCAAAUUCAAACUAUGCAACAGAAAAUGGUCCAAAGAAAUAUAACGAUUACAGUUUACAAUUAAAUCGAUGGUUCCUCAAACCAAUCGGUGCAUGGCCACAAAUAAAUGCUUCUAACUCAAUAUGGAAAUUCUUUAUAUUAAUACAAAUUUUUACUUGUUCGAGUUUGGUAGCAGUAAUAACGGUACCAUGUUUAUUACAUGUAUUAUUUGAGAAAGUCAACAUCAAUGCAAAAUUGAAUGCCUUAGGGCCACUGAUUCACAGGAUAAUGGGAUCAAUAAAUUACUGGGUGCUGCUGAAGUACAGCGGUGACAUUCGUGAAUUAAUACAACACAUGGAAACGGAUUGGCGUCUCAUACAUAGAACGGAUAAUCGUGAUGUGAUGUUGCAACAUGCCAAGUUCGGUCGUUUCGUUACCAUGAUCUGUGGGGUGAUCAUGCUAGGUGGUUCAUUGCUAUUCAGCUUAGCAAGGGCGAUGAAAACUGCAACAAUUGUCGUCGGCAAUGAAACUUUUACGACGCAUCCAAUGACUUGUCCAAUCUACAGUAAAAUCAUCGACACGAGAUUUAAUCCUGUAAAUGAAAUCGCGUUAGUUCUACAAUUCCUGUCAACAAUCGUAGUGAGUUCCUCUACCGCCGGUGCUUGCAGUUUGGCUGCCGCCUUCGCGAUACACGCCUGUGGUCAACUAAAUGUAUUGUACACGUGGCUACACGAACUUGUUGAAAAUCAAGAGAAAGGAAAACAUGUACCUGAACAAAAACUGACUGCUAUCGUGGAGCAUCAUCUGAGAAUAUUGAGUUUUAUAUCACGAAUUGAAAGUAUUAUGAAUACGGUUUCCCUCGUAGAAUUAAUGGGAUGUACAAUAAAUAUGUGUUUACUCGGAUAUUACACUAUUGUGGCUUGGGAAACGCUCGAUAAAGCAAAACUAACAUCUUACGCUAUUAUGUAUUUAUCGAUGAGUUUUAAUAUUUUUAUAUUUUGCUACAUCGGAGAAAUUAUUACAGAACAGUGCAAAUAUGUCGGCGAAAUGGCCUAUAUGACAGAUUGGUAUAAUCUACAUCACAAAACUGCACUUGGUCUUGUUUUGGUUAUUCUCCGAUCAAAUAAUGUGAUUAAGAUCACCGCAGGAAAGUUAAUCAAUUUAUCUAUCGCAACCUUUGGUGAUGUAAUUAAAACUUCCAUGGUAUAUUUAAAUCUUUUACGAACAGUAACAAUGUAA